CACAGCAUCAUUCUCAACGUCAUGGAUCCCAAAACACAGAAAGUGGCCGAUUUAACUUUGAAAGUGACCGACUACGUUGACCCAGAACAUCUGGCAGAUUUCGACAAGGUGUAUCGGAAUAUGGAGGAGUUACAGACCCAGAUCGUGCAUCACAUCAUCUCCCCUUUUGAAACCUCCAAAAAGAGUGAUGCCAAGGAGGAGCCCAGACGGGAGAGGAACCCCUCCCCCCCCAACCCUCCUGACCACGACCCUUUGUGGAUUCCACCUCGACAUCCUCACGGCAGCCAGCAACCCAACUGGCCAGGUCCACUGGACCCAUUUGAUAUUGGCAGACAAGAUCUGGACCCUUUGGGGGGUCGAGGAGGGGGAAUGAUCUUUGACCCGCUUCGAUCAGGAUUUCGGAAUCCGGUUCUUGACCCCUCUUCCGGGCUCCCCAGCAGACUCCCCCCUGGUUCCGUUCCUCCAGGGGCCAGGUUUGACCCGUUUGGACCCCCAGGGGCCAGCCGGGGCAGGCCUAACCCUGACCACCUUCGCCCUCCCGACUACGACGAUAUGUUCAUGUGACAACGGCCAGGCUUCCUCGCCUCUUUCCUGGCUGACCGACGCCUGACACUUACCCAGACGUGGGGGAGACUUGGCCUUUCCUGCAGUGAUUUCCUUUCCUGCCCCGCUACUGCUUGGUCCCCCCACUAUAAACCAGAAGAGGCAACGGCACGCAGUUGACCUUUCAGCCUCUGCCUUUCUGUCUUUUUUCCCCCAGAGUGUUACUUUCGCUCCUUUACCGGACUUAAGUCCAGUGAAGCACAGCUGUGUGCUCCGAGAACAGCUGCUGUGGCCUUGAAAGAGUAGAGUUUUCAAAAGCUGGGAGCAAAGGAACCCUUCGGUGAAGGUUCUGUAUAUAUCAGGACUGGCCAGCCAGUUCAGGAUUAAAUUGAACCAGUUUGAAACUAGACGUUUUAGAGCUAGAUAAAGGUAGAUCAGCCACCAGUGCCCUCCUGCCUUCUGUUUUCAGCUCCUUCCCAUUUAUCGCUGAAGCCAGCGGUCCUCUCGUGUGGUUUCGCCGCAUGCUGCCAAAAUGGCAGUGGGGGUGUGAUCGAGCCAGCUGGCCCUCGGCCGCCUCCAUUUUUUCCCCUUACUAGAGAAGCACAGCCUCAAUUUCAUGGAGUGUGGAGAAACUGAAAUGAGAACUAGGAGGCGCCCAGAUACCAAUGAAAGGGCUGAGGAAUCCUCCUUGAUCUGGAGACCAACUGCUAACAGGCAGUAUUUGGCCCAGGGCUGCCAGCUGCCGACUUGCUUUUGGGAGUUGACAUGGUGGCUUGGUAGAAGAGCUGCUUUAGUAAGGAUAAAACUUUGAGCAGAGUCCCGUCUGCAGACAUCAGACAACCACACACACACACACACACACACACACACAAAGCUGUCCCAACUGAAUUGGUUUUGAUGGUGGGCAAAGCUGCCACCCUUGGUGCCACCCUCAACCUGGAAGUGCUCCUCCUGUAUCACCGGUGUCUCCGUUACGGGUUGCAACUAAUAGCCGCCUUAAAAAAAAUAAUAAAAUGAACAACGAACCUCA